AUGCCUGGCGUAGUUGGAAACACGGGUGCCAUUCAGGUGCCGGGACCGGUGUCCCAGGCUAGCGCCAAGAAGCUGGAUGCCUUCUUCGACGCCCGCGCUGUGCACUUUGUCGUUGAUUACGACCAGAGCGAGGGUACAUACCUCGUCGAUGUUGAUGGUAACCGCUACCUCGAUGUCUACUCUCAGAUUGCCUCUAUCCCUAUUGGGUAUAACCACCCGGCAACGAUAGCUGCCGCACAGUCUCCCGAGAUGAUUUCGGCACUGGUCAACCGCCCAGCUAUUGGAAACUUCCCCUCGAAGCAGUGGGGUGACAUUCUCCAGAACGGCCUUCUCAAGGUCGCUCCCAAGGGACUGGACAAGAUCUUCACCGCCCAGUCGGGCUCCGAGGCCAACGAGCUGGCCUACAAGGCCUCCUUCAUGCUCUACCGCCGCCGCGAGCGUGGCGAGGGUGUCGAGUGGUCCGAGGAGGAGAUCAAGUCCUGCCUCAACAACUCCAAGCCCGGCUCUCCCGAGCUCGCCGUCCUCAGCUUUGCCAACUCGUUCCACGGCCGUGGUUUCGGCAGUCUGUCGACCACCCGCUCCAAGGCUGUCCACAAGCUGGAUAUCCCCGCAUUCAACUGGCCCCAGGCUGCCUUCCCGGCCCUCAAGUACCCGCUCGAGGCCCACCAGGAGGAGAACGCCGCCGAGGAGAAGCGAUGCCUCGAGGGGGUCGAGCAGCUCAUUACCUCCUGGCACUGCCCCGUCGCCGCCGUGAUCGUCGAGCCCAUCCAGAGCGAGGGUGGUGACAACCACGCCUCUCCCGCCUUCUUCCAGGGCCUGCGCGACAUCACCAAGAAGCACGGCGUCAUGAUGAUUGUCGAUGAGGUCCAGACUGGCUUUGGCGCCACUGGCAAGUUCUGGGGCCACGAGCACUGGAACCUGACCUCGCCCCCCGACAUGGUUACCUUUUCCAAGAAGGCACAGACUGCCGGCUACUUCUUUGGCGACCGCGCUCUGAUCCCCGACAAGGCCUACCGCCAGUUCAACACCUGGAUCGGUGAUGCUGCCCGUGUCAUUAUGAGCAAGGCCAUUAUCGAGGAGAUUCUGGCCAAGGACCUUGUUGCCCAAACUGCCCGUGUUGGUGAUGCUCUGUACGCCGAGAUGGAGAAGCUCGCCCAAAAGUACCCCGAGCAGGUCAAGAACCUCCGUGGCAAGGGCCAGGGUACCUACAUUGCCUUUGACAGCACCGACGCCGCUGGCCUGGUCAAGGGCAUGAAGCAGCUCGGCGUUCUGACCGGUACCUGCGGUGCUCAGACCGUCAGACUCCGACCCAUGCUCAUCUUUGAGGAGCAGCACAUUGCUCCCCUCAUCAGCGCCUUCGACACUGUCCUCGGCUCUCUGUAA